AACUACACUCCCCACAACCCUUUGCGCCUUCGGCUUGCUGCGGUAGCUUAUGGCCAAUCGGGACAGGCAGCUGUGGCGGGGGCCGAGGAGGGACAUUUUAAAAGGGCCGGAGAUUGCAGGCGUCAGUGGCCAUGGCGGAUACAGCGACUACAGCAUCGGCGGCGGCGGCUAGUGCCGCUAAUGCCUCGACCGAUGCACCGCCUUUCCAGCUGGGCAAACCCCGCUUCCAGCAGACUUCCUUCUUUGGUCGCUUCAGGCACUUCUUGGACAUCAUCGACCCUCGCACGCUCUUUGUCACUGAGAGACGUCUCAGAGAGGCUGUGCAACUGCUGGAAGACUAUAAGCUUGGGACCCUGCGCCCGGGGGUCACCAAUGAGCAGCUCUGGAGCGCACAGAAAAUCAAGCAGGCUAUUCUACACCCGGACACCAAUGAGAAGAUCUUCAUGCCUUUUAGAAUGUCAGGUUACAUUCCUUUUGGGACGCCAAUUGUUGUUGGCCUUCUCUUGCCCAAUCAGACAUUGGCGUCGACUGUCUUCUGGCAGUGGCUGAACCAGAGCCACAACGCCUGUGUCAACUAUGCGAACCGCAACGCCACCAAGCCUUCACCUGCAUCCAAGUUCAUCCAGGGCUACCUGGGAGCCGUCAUCAGCGCCGUCUCCAUUGCUGUGGGCCUUAAUGUCCUGGUUCAGAAAGCCAACAAGUUCACCCCGGCCACCCGCCUUCUCGUCCAGAGAUUUGUGCCAUUCCCUGCCGUAGCCAGUGCCAAUAUCUGCAACGUGGUUCUGAUGCGGUAUGGGGAGCUGGAGGAGGGAAUUGAUGUCUUGGAUGGUGACGGCAACCUCGUGGGCUCCUCCAAGAUCGCCGCCAGACAUGCCCUGCUGGAGACAGCGCUGACACGAGUGGUCCUCCCCAUGCCCAUCCUGGUGCUCCCCCCGAUCGUCAUGUCCAUGCUGGAGAAGACAGCUCUCCUGCAGGCUCGUCCCCGGCUGCUCCUCCCCGUGCAAAGCCUUGUGUGCCUGGCAGCCUUCGGUCUGGCCCUGCCGCUGGCCAUCAGCCUCUUCCCUCAGAUGUCAGAGAUCGAAACAAGCCAAUUAGAGCCUGAGAUCGCCCGGGCCACGAGCGGCCGGACAGUGGUGUACAACAAGGGACUGUGAGCAGCGGCCGGCCGGCCGGCCUGGGGACAGAGCGCUGUCCAGGCCCGGAGUUGGGGGCAAGGAAGGAGGCCUGUGGGCUGCACCUGCAGGAGAGACACGCUGACCCCCACCCCAGUCCCAGGCCACCUGGGGGAGCACUCCCCCCACAGUGCUAGGGAGACUAAUCUAUUCACGAAUUAACAUAAGGGAGAAGAAUUCUGACACAUUUACUAUAAAAAAUAAUCAAGUGCAUUUCUGGGCCUUACGUGGGGUUGUCAAAACUCUACUUAGCACAAUUAUGUGUGAAGCUGAAAAAUUGUAGAGUGCCCAUGGGGUAGGGUUAGGAUCCUUUUAUACUUGAUUUCUUUUUUAUUUUUAAUUAGAAUCAAGCCUUGGUUACCGCUGCCCAGAGGCAGCAGGUGGUGGGAGGAGGAGAAGGCCUGGGAGCUGGUGGUCCUGGUGGCUGGGCUGCUGGAUUUAAGAUGCUACUGAGGCCAGGCCCGAUAGCUGCCUGGGCUGGGGAGGGGAGGCAGGCGGAUGAACCAGCUGUGAGUAAGUUCCUCAGGAAGUGGCCCAGGAAGUCAAGGGGCACUGGGAGAUUGCUUGGGCAGCUGGCUCUGAGUGUGGCCAGCCUUAAUUCACGCCUCUUCUGCAAAACCAAUUCCUCUGCAUGAAGCCCAGUGACACACUGAGGCUGUCGUUGCCCUUCAUGGAGCCCUCAUCCGUUUGAGACCCGAGAUGAUUCCGGCUCCAGGCAGGAGGCCCUAAGAAGCAGCAGUGCUUGGCGGAAACUGUACCUGCACCCUGGCCUCUGUGCAAAGGUCUUCCUUCCAGGCACAGGCUAGAAGCUGGGUGUUGGGGCUGAGGGUGGGGCUGGAGCCGGGCCGCCUGCUGUCAUUUCCAGCCACUGGGUCACCUACCCAGCUCAUCAUUUCCAGAGCUGGAGGGUCUUGUGCCCAAAGCCCAGACCUCUAGGUGCCGACCUGAGAGCAUCAACCCUGGAACGGCAGGCCCCAGCUCUGGCACUCAUGGGCUGUGUGACCUUGGACAAGUCUACUCCCUUCACUGAGUCUGGAACCAGAGGACUGUACAGAGGCAUUCCCACCUGCUCUUUCAGCUAGACUUCAUCUUUGCCCGUCCUGCUCAGUUGCUGGGCAGUCCAGGCACAUCCCCAGUGUGGACACUGGACUGGGAACAGGGCAGGCUCCUUUGGGAAUGGCCAGCGGUUGGCCUCAGCACUGGAACCUUGCCCUUCUGUAUGUGAACAUCCUGGGAGCACUUGACCUUUGCCAAACACUUUACAGUUCUGAAGCAGGGGGCAGAGUGCCUGCCUGGGCCUGCGUGUGCACACGUGCCCGUGCCGUGGCCUCUCACUGUGCACAGGUCUCCGAGGCCCCUCGCUGCGGGCUCCCACUGGCAGGCCAGGAAAGAGGAGAGCUCUGCAGGAGCUUUGCAGAGGGAAGCAGGGCCGGCGGUGAGGAUGAACAGAAUAACCCCCCUGACACACCCCCGUCUGAAAGGCCCAAACAAAGAGGAAGCCUGGCCUCCAGGCAUCCCUCACCUGGCCCUAGCUGGAGUGCAGCCUUUGCUAUGCAGCCUGCAGGGCAGAAAGUGCGUGGCCAUGGGCGGCUUUUCCUGUCUUUAGGGCAGGGCAAUUGUGAGGUGGGCCUUCCACAGGCAUUGACACCGCGUACCCCCAGAAGCCCCUGCUGCUCUCUCCUCCCAGCCAGACCCUGGCGCCCCCCAGCUAGUUCUGCAGGAUACUGCUCUGAGGGCUCCCCACCUUCCGAAGGAGCAGCCCAUCAGUAAAGGCAGAAGGUGGAGACAAGCAUGGAGGGCCUGAGCAGUGUUGGAUGGGCAGGUGGUUUCAGCUAAUCCCCCUGUAAUGGGAAUGUGCUGCCGACUCGGGGCUGGGCAUGUCUGGAGCCUCUCAUGAAAAGCUCACUUCAAGCUCACCUUGCCCCACCUCUCACAGGGUCUUGUUCUUUUGCACUUUACCUUGGGACCAAAACUGCCCACCCCAGCCCCUCUCCCAUCCCCUCCCGGGCCCUGGCAGAGACGGGGGUCUUUCCAACUCGGUCUGUGUGCUUGCUGCCCCAGCCCUGGGAGCCCUGUGGCCUUGGCAUCUCAUAACCUACUUACAUCGUCUCCUGGGUGAUUUCUGGCCAUGCUCCCAAUGCAAUUUCAUGUGAGCUAAGGGGGUUUCUCCUGGAGACAGGGGAGUGAGGGGUGGGUGGCAAAGGAUCCUGACAGCUCAGUGUAAUAAUGACAGAGGUUCAGGGGGCCAUGCUGCUGAGUCCUGGUCUGGCUGCAUUAAAUACCGUGAGGGUAAACUUUCGGUCAACAUCCAUCCUCUACUCUGCUGAGGCCAGAGGACAAGAGGCCUCGUGGGCAGAUUGGUUCAUAUCUGGAAUGGAGGCUGAGGCAGGACCCACUGAGGGCAGGGCCUGGCCCAGCUGUGCCAUAGUCCAGGGCAUGUCUGCCACUGACUCUUGAGCCCUGAUGUCCCAGCCCACCCUCCUCUGGUCACUUGAAACAUUCCCUCAGGCCUGGGGAUACCCUGCUGCCAUCCCAGAGAGUAAUCUGAGAGCACAGGGGCUGAAAGCCCAACACGUCCAGAUGACCGACCAACCCCGUUCCAGUUCCUGACUGUGAGCCAGCGGGUCUCCUGUCCUCACGGCCUGGGAGGAGAGGGGCCGGGUCACGGCAGCAAGGUGGUUCUCCAGCCCUGGGUCAGAGCGAGUGAAGCACCAGCACGCACGCUGUGUUCACUCCCAGGGUACUCUGCAGUGUCUUUUUAACCUUCUCAGAAAAUUUCUCAAACUCUGUGAUUUCUGUAAUACUACUGAGCUGUGGGCAAUAAAUGAUGGAUUUAAGGCA